CCAAACGUCAAGAGACCCAACACUGAAGAUAGCAAAACCUACUUGUCAUGCGAACUGUGGCAACAUAGAUCUCUUUGUCGUGAGGCUCAGUCUAAGAAUAAAAUAAAACUCCCGAACUCCUUGAGUCCUUCUCCCCCACACCGGGCUGUUAUAUCCGGGUUCUUCAACGCGAAACUCGCUCAAGCAAAAACGACAACAGGGCCUCCGGCCAAUUCCUUUAUUCUUUUUAUGUGUCAUGCCCGUAUUUAUGGCUCACUUGCCUAGGUACUCAGCCGGACUUCUGUUUCUUUCUUUCUUUCUUUCUUUGCCACAAAGUUGGAAUCUCCUUCGGGAGUCGAAUUGUUCUAUAACACGGCGCAACGCAACAAUUACUAUAUGCUGUAGCUUCUUCCUUUGAUUCUUGCGUUUGCCCCCCUUCACCACCACCCCCUCCCAUAUCAUGCAGAAAGAAAAAGCCCACAAAAAGAGGGCUUUGUCCUUUAUCUACCUAGGUAUCUAUUCAUAGAAAUAUAUAUCUUAAAUUUCGAUCCUUGAGAUGGACCAGGGGGAGAGAGAGAGAAAGUCCCAUCAUGUCCUUAUUAUAUUACUCGUAGAUUUCGAUUUUCCCUGAUAUUGAGUAACUCUUCCAAAGACACACCCUAGCUUAGCGAGCUAUUACUACCUGAACUUGAUCCAGCGUUCGGUACCCAAUGACAAGCGAUGUGAAUAUCUCGAGGCGCCCCGGUCUCGAGCCUAUAUGGACUCCUAGCUACCACUACGUUAGCGACAUGCCUAAGACGAUCGUUCGGCCAACUCCCAUCAGCGCGGGCUUGUCUCCGUCGCCGAUAUCCCCCAAGGCCUUCCCAAGCUUACCCAGUCCCAACCCAGUCCAUCCCGCCUCGUAUGACGGAUCGAUGAGAAGGCAAGAUCGGGCGCUAGUCAACAGCCUCGACCAGAGAGCAGUGCCGUCCCUAAACUCGGCGCUUCUGACCCCUGUCGAGGAGUAUUCCCCCUCGCCUUUAGUCGCACGGCUCGAAAAGAUCAGCAUCCUCCCGCCGAUGAGCAUCGCGAAUAACCCAUUAGCACCAGCUCCGCCAGAAGCGCCGCUUCGGCGAAGAAGUCUGAUGUCUCUGGACGGGCCAGCAUCGAUGCGGGCACAGCACCAGGUUAGAAAUCACAGCUACUCCAGCAUGGAAUACCUCACGUCCCCGAAUUCCCCGCGAUGGGACGCCACAAUGCGACUCCGAAACCAACUUCGGAACUGGGGCCAUGUCUACUUGGGUAACUCCAAGAUGGCCGAUGCCUUCAUAAUCGCAAGGUCUCUGCGCCAACACAACUGCCACUCCCCAACGAGCCCACCAUUCGCAAAGUUGCCACCACUACCACCACCAACAGCAGCAGCAGCAGGAGGAGGCGCACCACCAAACAAACGCCUCACGGUUCGCGCCAUAAUCCGUCCCCAGUCCCAAGACAGGCCGGCGUUCCUAAUCCAGCGGAACUUCGACAUCGAGGAGCUGCGGGCCACGAUCCCGGACCCGCCGCCCGCGCACGCCCCAGCAAUGAAAGGCGUCUCGGACGGCCCGCGCUCCCCCGCGGGAUUCAUGUCUCGGAAGAACGGCGUCCCCGCCUCGACCGCACCACCACCCUCGUUGUUGUUGUUGUCGUUGUCGUCGUCGCAGUCGCGGCCCAGACGAUCGAGCGUAGCAGGACGCUCGGACGCGAGCGCGCUGGACCUCGAGAGCUUGAUCCGGGACGGGAAGGCUAUUCCCAUGCAUCUCCCGUACGCGCGAGCUUACCUGCCCGUGGUAGCGGCGCUGCUCGUCUCCGGGCACAUCUGCGAGGGGGACGUCGUGUACCUGCCCAUGCCGCACGCGGAGGCGUGGCCGGCGACGGUGCGGUACGUGUACACGGGGCAGGGCGAGCUGACGGAAGCCGUGCGGGAAAAUAUAUUGUAUUUAGCUGGGAAGGUGUGAUGAUCUGUCUAUCUGUCUAUCUAUCUGGGCGUUUGGAGAAGGGGAGUCGUGGCGAAAUAUUUAUUAUCAGGUUAGGUACCUUAAGUAAGGUAAUGCAUGUCAUGUCAUGUCUGAGGUAGAUAUGUACGUAUGUGCUGGGCUGUAUGAUUUAUUUGGUACCUACCUACAUAAUGCGGAAUGGCAAUGGUAAUGAGGAUAUGAAUGGGCAGGACAUAUGGACACAUGGACAUGAUGCUUGGAAAAUGGGUUGGAUAUCGGCGUAACCUUUCUUGUAGCAAUUAUUCUUUGAUACGUAAAUUCCUGUAUCUCAGGGAAUUAUCUGGCUGGCAGACAACUGCAUCUGAAGCUGCGUUUGGAAUCCAUAUUGCGAUUGUUUACAAGUUAGAAAGGAGUUAAAGAGGCUAGCCAAUUGCCAGUCACUCCUCACUCCUAUGCAAUACCGUCUUUAGCUCC